GGGAGCUCGUUGCAAACCCUCAAGGCUCACCUCCGAUGCCCCGCCCCCCGAGUCAGAAAUUCUGGAGUCGGGGCUCAGUAACCUUUUUUAACAAAGCCUCCCGGUGACUCGGAUGCACAGUUCGAGAACCACUGCUCUAGAAUACCGAAACCCUCUUUUUGCUCCCAGGUGAACGUAGAAGGUGCUUUAAUCUAAACGUAGCGUUUCUUCUUUGCCCUUCAGGCUUGAGUAUUUCUGACUUUGGCUGCCAGACUUCACGUGCUGUUGCCUAGGAAGAAGGAAGCCACAUGCCUUUGCUCCAGCCCAUGCCGCACGUACACACGCUCAGUGCCGGUGAACAGCAGGCUUCGGGCAGGGCAACUCACAAUGAAUUCCUAAGACCUGCCAGGAUGUGGUUAGCUACGGCUUCAUUUGCCAUGUUUCUGGCGCCUAGGGACCUGUGCUUAUGAAUGAACUUAUCUUUCCUGCUGGUUGAUUUUAUCUGAACUGCAGGGAACCUGAGGGCCCUACCCACCACCACUGAGGCCCAGCCUUUGAUACAGCUUGAAUCCCAUCCUACAGUCAAAAUGGUGGUAGAGAGACUGGCCCAUUCCCUGGGCCCAUGAGGAGUGAGGCCCCUUCAGCCCAAAGAUGGGGAACAUCACUGCAGACAACUCCUCACUGAACUGUGCCAUCGACCACACCAUCCACCAGACGCUGGCCCCGGUGGUCUAUGUCACGGUGCUGGUGGUGGGCUUCCCAGCCAACUGCCUGUCCCUCUACUUCGGCUACCUGCAGAUCAAGGCCCGGAACGAGCUGGGCGUGUACCUGUGCAACCUGACGGUGGCCGACCUCUUCUAUAUCUGCUCGCUCCCCUUCUGGCUGCAGUACGUGCUGCAGCACGACAACUGGUCCCAUGGCGAUCUGUCCUGCCAGGUGUGCGGCAUCCUCCUCUACGAGAACAUCUACAUCAGCGUGGGCUUCCUCUGCUGCAUCUCCAUCGACCGCUACCUGGCCGUGGCCCAUCCCUUCCGCUUCCACCAGUUCCGCACCCUGAAGGCGGCCGUGGGCGUCAGCGUGCUCAUCUGGGUCAAGGAGCUGCUGGCCAGCGUCUACUUCCUCACGCACAAGGAGGUCAUCGAGGACCAGAACCGGCACCGUGUCUGCUUCGAGCACUACCCCCUGCAGCCAUGGCAGCGUGGCAUCAACUACUAUCGCUUCCUGGUGGGCUUCCUCUUCCCCAUCUGCCUGCUGCUGGCCUCCUACCAGGGCAUCCUGAGGGCCGUGCGCCGGAGCCACGGCACCCAGAAGAGCCGCAAGGACCAGAUCCAGCGGCUGGUGCUCAGCACCGUGGUCAUCUUCCUGGCCUGCUUCCUGCCCUACCACGUGCUGCUGCUCGUGCGCAGCCUCUGGGAGUCCAGCUGCACGUUCGCCAAGGGCAUCUUCAACGCCUACCACUUCUCCCUCCUCCUCACCAGCUUCAACUGCGUGGCGGACCCGGUGCUCUACUGCUUCGUCAGUGAGACCACCCACAGGGACCUGGCCCGCCUCCGCGGGGCCUGCCUGGCCUUCCUCACCUGCUCCAGGACUGGCCGGGCCCGGGAGGCCUACCCGCUGGGCACCCCUGAGGCCUCUGGGAAACACGAGGAGCCUGAGCUGUUAACGAAGCUCCACUCGGCCUCCCAGACCCCUAACUCCUCUGGAGUGGGAGGGUCCCCCACGGGCGGGCUGGCCUAGCAGGGGUUGCCCACGUGUGGGGCACAGUGAGGCCUGAGCAUGCUCACUGGCUGCCACCUGCUUUGCAGAGCGCAGGCGCCUGCCUCAGUCUGCUGGAGGGUAACGAUGGGCUGGGGCUGUAGCAAGGCCUCCUGGUUCCAGGGAACCCCAUCUGGCUUGCUGAACCUGAUGGGGCUGCUGAGUGUGGGCAUGUGCCCUGUCAGCUCAUGGGUGUCAUCUGCUGCCAGCUGGGCUGCUGGUGGGAGGAAGACAGGGAACUGUCACCUCCAGGAGAUUUUCAAAGAGAAGCUGGGGUUUGGGGGUACAGCAUGAGUAUAAGGAGAGAGGAGGACUAAGAGAUGAGACUGAGUCCUGGUAGCGCACCUGCCAGGACCUUCCAGAGCCAUUGUUGUCACAGGUGAUACCUGUCUGAAUGCACUAGUGUUAUCCGAGGAGGUGACACCCAAAACUGUAUUGUCACCAUUAACACUGGAGCCUCACUCCAUGCAGUGGUAGGGGCAUGACAGGCAGAGAGACCCCAGCUCCAGCCAUGUCACAGUUUAAUAGGGAGAGAUGAUCAGACUCCCCAAGCCCCAGGGCUAAUGGAAAACAAAUCCCAGAGACCCCAGGGUUCCCUGAAGCUGUGUCUGUGGUCCUUUAAAAAGCCAGUACUGAAGCUCGAGUGUCAGGAAAGAGGCCUAAAGCCACUGUGUCUAACAGAAUUCCUUACACACAGAUUCCUGAUUACUUUUCUGUUUCCAUCUGCCCAGAAGCACCAGACCAGAAGCCUGGGACUGUGUGUGUGUGAUGUGUAUGAUCUGAGUGUUCACGGUUAAAAUGCCUGGGUCUCCAAGAUGCUACCUGCCAAGUCAUUGAGACUAGGGCCAUGCAACUGCUGGCAGAGGUCCCCCUGCUCCCCAGCCCUGGCCACAACCCCCCCAAUCCCUGGUCCCACACAGUGUGGAGUGUCUGGCAGUCUCAGAGAGGAACAUGACGUUCUCCCCAAGUUCCUCAGAUAGAGCAAAACAAACAAAACAGAUGUAUUCUCUGACAUCUCUCAGCCCAAAAGGUUAAGUUCUACUAGGAACAGGAGAGGAGGUGGCCCUGGAGAAUCUUGCCUCCCUUGGUUCUGGCACUGUGUCUCUGCCAGAUGUUCCUCCCCUCCCACCUGGAGAGCGAGAGUGGACCUUUGGGCCAUGUGUAGCCCAAGGUAUUGACCACCAUCUGUUCUAUCCAGCAAGGCUGGGUACAGGGCUCAUCUCUCCUGCCACUUUGUGCCCAACCAUGGUGAGCCCCUGCUCUGGUGAACAUACCGAGGACCAGAAGAGCUUCUUAAUGUUCCAGGGACCUGCCUGCACUUACAGAAAUGCUGGCCUUUCAGAUUUCCUGGUUGCUGACCAGGAGUCAACUCUGACUUCCCUCAAAGACCUGGGACUUAAGCUCCUCAUAGCCAAGGGGCUAGGUGGGCUGAAGCCUAGGGAGGGACUGGGGUGGAGGGAGAAAUACAAGCUGGCAUCAGUGAACAUUUCUGGAAUCUGCUAAAGGGAGGGCCAGGAAGAACAUCUUCAAUUCUCCUCAGCUCACCCCAAGAGGUAGAUUUAUCCUGAAUCUAUUAACCCUCCUAUUAGGGGUGCCCAGAGGCAGAUAGCCCAGUCUAUGUGCCCCAGGGAAGUGUCAUCUCAGGGCUACACUUGGCUUUGACUGGGUAGCCCCUGCCCCAGCUCCCUAUAGAGGGCAUCCCAUAACCUGGGGAGGUUCUCUUUCCCUUUCUGGAGGAGGAAGUGACCAGGUCUGAAGGUGGCAGAAAUGACCACAGCAGAGAAAAGGCCACCCAGCCCCAGCCCAGGAUCUUACUGGGGGUGAUGGCACUAGCUGAGUCCUCCAUGCUCCUCAUUCCAAAUUCCCCACUAUUUUGACCUUAAACACAGCCAUUCCCACAGGGAUGGCCUGGGAUGAGCUGAAUGCAGUUCCAUUUACUGUCAAGAGUUGUAUUUUUGUAUUGUCCUCUCUUUUAUGCCAAGUAUGUAUGUGCUGGAUUGUGCAAUGGAUUUAUGUAGCCAACCUGAGUCUGCAAAUAAAGCAAAGUAAC